AUGACCGAGGAGGAGUUCUGCUUGGGCUUGGUAGAAAGAGUCCGCCAGAUUUAUACCGACAAUAAUCAACAUAUGGCUCGUGUUGAAUGGCUCCAAAAACAUCUUCCUAUAUCACUUACAGGCCACCAACCGACUCUCACACAUGGUGAGCUUCAGAAGAAAAAUAUCAUUAUCACUCGAACACAUCUACAAAAUGGAGACGAUGAAGACGGCUUCGAGCUGACAAUACUUGAUUGGGAGGAUGCAGGUUGGUACCCUGAUUACUUCGAAUACUUUGCAUGCUACACGAGCUUCCGCUGGGACAACGACUGGCCUCAAAUUGUCGAGGUCUUCCUCGACCCAUAUCCUGUGGAGACGCUUGUACUGAUGCCGGUAUACCAUGACAUUUUUAUGUAG